GUCACAACGGUGGCCGAUGAAGAGUCAUGAGCUGCCAGGCCUUCAGCACCAGCGACUCCUUCAGCGGUUUAGGUGGAGACACUGGUGCUGCUCUCCCCCUGCUGAUGCACCACAGCGCCGCCGCAGACUGCCACAACACCAACAUCUGCUCCACAGUCCCCUCAGGUCUCCCAUUGGUCCAGUCGUCCAAGCGCUCUCAUAUGCACCUGUCCACUUCUGCUUUGGGCAAUGCGUCAGCCAGCCUCCACUACCCGAUGCCCCCAUGUCACUAUAGCAACCAGCAGACCACCUACGGCAUGAUGGCAGCACAGGAAAUGCUCUCUGCCAGCAUCUCCCAGACCCGCAUCCUGCAGACCUGCAGUGUACCUCAUGCAAACAUGGUUAAUGGCGCCAACUCACUGCAAGGAGCUCUGGCUCCACGUCUCUACAAGUUCCCUGAGCACAGUUUGGCUGGAGGAUCCUGUGCUUUGAGCCACGGCUUCGCUCCUCUUCCCCAGACCCUGCUAACAGAUGAGCCCAUUCUAGGAGACAUCAAGCAGGAGCUGCGCAGGAAGAGCCGGACCCUCGACGAGACCCCCGACAUGGACUCGCCUCAGAUCCGAGAGCUGGAGAAGUUCGCUAAUGACUUCAAAUUAAGGAGGAUCAAACUUGGUUACACUCAAACCAAUGUGGGUGAAGCUCUGGCUGCAGUGCACGGCUCCGAAUUCAGCCAAACCACAAUCUGCCGCUUCGAGAACCUGCAGCUCAGCUUUAAAAACGCUUGCAAACUCAAAUCCAUCCUGGCGAAAUGGCUGGAGGAGGCAGAGCAGGCCGGCGCUCUUUUUAAUGAGAAGAUGGGUCUGCACGAGCGCAAGCGGAAGCGCAGAACCACCAUCAGUCUGGGGGCGAAGGAAGCGCUGGAGCGGAGCUUUGUGGAGAAGAGCAAGCCGUCGUCUCAAGAGAUCGUGCGAAUGGCCGAGGGUCUGCAUCUGGAGAAGGAGGUAGUCCGAGUCUGGUUCUGCAACCGCCGGCAGAGGGAGAAGAGGGUCAAAACCAGCCUACAUCACAGCUCCUUCAUGACCAAAGACUGCAGAGCCUAAGAGAGAAAGAGACAGGAUUUAUUACACAGACACACCAAAGAGCACAUGCACUGUACAAAUUGCAGAAUUCCACAAAUUCAUUCAUGUUGUC